AUGCCCACAAUAGAAGAACUGGAUAAAAUAAAGAACAGACUUAAAGCCACUAGCACGACGUAAGUGGGAAAUAAAAAAAAGGAAAUUUAAAGUAUACAUUUAAGAGUGACUCUGGAAACCGGUGAGACAAAAGUGGAGCUGCGGCAGGCAGACGGUACAUUUGCACAGGCUGAGGAGCCUAAGCAAAUUUCGAAACGCCGACAAAAGAAGGUUGAGUACCUCCGUAGAUGUGGCUACGUCGUCGACCUGAAGCCCGAUCUCGAAGUUGGGAUCGUUAGAGAAGGCCUAUUAUUGGGUGAGAGUUUGGGUUUAGUUGUAUUUUCUGAAGUUCUCUUCAGGAAGUCAAGACGUUGCCGCAGACUUGGCACUGCUCCAGGCAAAUAAAGUCACCCAUAUUGUCAACUGCGGGACAGGCAUUCGUAACUUCUUCCCGACAAAACUCAAAUAUCUGAAAGUGGAGAUCCUGGACCUUCCAACAGAGAAAAUCAGUCAACAUUUCGAGGUCGUUCAUUCCUUCAUUGACGAUUCCUUGAAGGAGGGCGGAAAGGUACAUUUUAUCUCCUGGUUUCAGUAAUUCUUCUAGCAAGUCUAGGUUUUCGUUCAUUGCAACGCCGGAGUCUCGCGGUCAGUAACACUUGUCCUUUCCUACCUAAUGCGAACGGAGAAGCUGGCCUUUCAAGAAGCUCUCCGAGUCGUCAAGGAAGUUCGACCAAGUAUCCCAUUCAGGAAAAGUACAAGAAAUCUUCGAAACCUUCCUUUCAGGCGCCAAACCCAACGCAGGCUUCUGCAAAGAACUCGAAGCCUACGAGGCCAGUAUCGUAUGA